UGCGCGAUUUUUCAUUGGACUGCAAAUUUGACCUGAAUGUUUUUGUGUGUAAGUUAUUCCACCAUCUUUACUAUUGUUGGUCUGUUUGUUCCACAGUUUAGUUUGAAGUGCAACAUUUGAUGUCACUGGUUAAAUCUGUUCACCAUGUUUCAGAAGUAUUGUUUUUCAUAACUGAAGACUUGAACUAAAACCUGUUCUGUUAUUUCCAGGGUUUCAGUCUGACUCGUGAUGAGGACGACCAGCUAAUGUGCAGACCUGUGGCUAUGCUUUGCUGCAUUCCUCCCCUCAUGCCUGCUCCUUAAUCAACCAGAAGCGACCCAUAUUCAGCCACACCCCACUCACGGCCAUUUGACCAACCCCCCCACCCUGGUGUCCCACUAUGGCCAGCAAGAGGAAGUCAACUAUUCCUUGUAUGAUUCCCAGCAAGGUCUUGCAUCUUCAAGAGGAGCUUGAACAAGACUCUCUAAUUCCUCAUCAAGCCAGAUCAUCUGGUCAUAACCCCACAGACCCCGGAGAGUCUUCUAAACCAGAUGCAGAGGACCCUGUCAAAGACUGUGCUGGAACAUACACAUGUAGGCCUUGUAACUUUGAAACCCACGACCUUAAUCUGUUCUUGGAUCAUGUGUACAGUGGUCACCCAGACUUCCGCUCAGACCCCAGCUUCCUCUGUAUCAACUGUGGAGCUUCUGCACCCAAGUUUGAAGGUCUGGCCCUGCACAAUGCCAGGAUUCACCCAAGCACAUUAAACGCUCCUCUGCAGCUCAGAAGGAGGGAUAGGAGGGAGGUAGUUGAGCAGAAUUUGGUGACUAGGACAGAGGCCGGGAAGGAUGGUGAAAUUUCGAUAAGCAAAACCCCAAUUAUGAGAAUGUUAAAAGGCAAAUCGGAGCCGAAAAGGAUAAUAGUGUCUCAUCCCAUCUCUGAGGAGCUUUCUUCAGAUUCACAAAGUAUCACUCCCUCCAGAGAUGCGGAGAGGAAGGAUACUCCUGCAGUUACAGUUACACACGUCCCAACUAUUGUCCACAAUGGAACGUCAGCCAAGGUCACGCUGCCCUCAGCGAUACAGAUAGUCAAUGGCUCUGGAACUUUACCGAUACUCAAAACCCCCAUCACGCAGGUAGUCUCAGUGGUUCAGAAUAGAAACUUCCAUCAAUCUGCUCCCAUCACAGCUUCAACAGAUGUUUCCUCGUCUUCGAAAAAUCUCCCAAAGGUAAUGAUUCCUUUGAGCAGCAUCCCAACCUAUAGUGCCUCCAUGGACUCGUCUUCUUUCCUAAAGACUUCUUUCAGUAAGUUCCCAUACCCCACAAAAGCUGAGCUCUGCUACCUGACUGUGGUCACAAAGUUCCCUGAAGAGCAGAUCAAGAUCUGGUUCACGGCCCAGAGACUUAAACAGGGCAUCAGCUGGUCUCCAGAGGAGAUUGAGGAAGCCAGGAGGAAGAUGUUCAACACCAUCAUCCAGACUACACCCUCCAACUCCCAGAACCAGACCCAGAGUCAUCACAGCUCAGCUCAACACACAAUCACAGUUCUACCUGCCUCAUUGGGGGCCACAGGGAUUCCGCAAAUCCUUCAAAGCUCCCUUGUCACCCAAGGAGGGGUCAUCGUUACCCAGCCAGUGGUGGCCAACGGUAUCCAGGUUAGCAAUGCUCCUGUGGCUCUGGCUGUCACACCAAAGCCUCAAGCAGCAGCUCGCCCCAUGAUGCAGGCUCGGCCUGCUGCAGCCCUGGUGGCUGACAAAGGAAGCAGCAUGGUGGUGGGGACUGUGGGCAGCAGUAGUAUUGUGAGCAAUGUCAUUAGCAGCAGUAAUGGUAGUAGAAGGGGAGGAGGGAACAAUAACAAUGUUAUUAGUGGGUCAAGUGGUAACAGUCCAUCCAGUGUCAUCAAUCUAAGUCUAAGCAACAGUAAACACAGUGAUGCCAAGGCAAGCAAUGUGAAUGGUAGACACUGCACUGCUCAUGCUGAUUCUCAUGACAAGAGCAACAGCAGUGUUGCCAAACAUUUAAAUGCUCCUAAAAGCCACAAUGAUUGUAAGAACACUGACAUCAGCAAAUCUAACAACACCAGCAUUGUAGACAGUAACAAUGACAAAAAUAAUAACAAAAGCACCACAAGUGGCAAACACAACAGCGAUGGCAAAAACAGCAACGAUGGACGGAAGAGCAAGGAAGGUAAUAAUGGCAGCAACAAAAUUAAUGCAGCUACAAGAAGUAGUUCCCCCGCAAGCACAGAGGGCCCAAGUGAUGUUGCAACCCGCAGUGAUUCACCACCAGUCAAAAAUGAGGAGGUGCCUUCUCCAGCUUCCAAAUCGUCUUUCCCAUCUCCAGCAGCUCCUUCAGGCAGCUCUCAGACACUUGUUAACACAUUCCUGGACCCCAUCUUCUCCAAGAGCAAGAAGUCUCAGGAGCAGCUUGGUACUCUGAAGGAUAGCUUUCAGGUCAGUCAAUUUCCAGACCAUGAUGAGGUGGAGCGGCUCACUGGUAUAACUGGACUCACAGUGCGAGAGGUCCGCAAGUGGUUCAGUGACCGGCGCUACCACUUUCGCAAUCACAAAGGUACACGCUCCACCACAGGUAGCCAGAGUAAGUCUGGCACUGCCACAGGAGGAGGGAGUGGCACAAAUGCGACAGGGAGUGGCGCUGCUGCCAGUCCCGUCGAGCUGUCUGAAAGUAGCAGCACGUCUGGUGCAAAAACUCCCCAGCAGGGCUCAGCACCCCUCAGCCCAUGUGUCACACAGACUCCCACCUCUCCUACCACACCUUCUCGCCGACAUACCAGAGCACCCUCUCCAGAUUUCACAGCUGUUCGCUACAAAGAGAGGGAGCCUUACCAGGUCAGGGCACUAGAGGCCAGCUUUGCCCAGGACCCUGACCCUACAGUAGAGGAAGUGGAUAGACUACGAACUGAGACUAAAAUGACCAGAAGGGAGAUCCACGGCUGGUUCACUGAGAGGAAGAAGCGAGUGGCGGCUGAGAAAAAGAAGGAGGAGGCAGAGCGGGCAUUGCAAGAGUUGGAAGAAGAGGUAGAAGGUGAUUGGGAGGCGCGACAGCAUGAGGACACUUCAGGAGAGCUUAAAGUUAACCCUAUUAAAAUAAAUCUGAAGAUGCUAAAGGUGACUGAGGCUAACGGUAAACCUGACAGGGAAACUUUACAAAGCCCAACGCUACAUCUUCAGUCUAGCAGCACAUCUGCACGCCUCUCUGACCCCGCUCCGUCCCUUACCUCCAAACCAUCCCAGUCUCCAAAAACAUGUUCCUCCAACCCAACACCCAAAACAUCCCACUCUCCCAAGCCAUCAUCAGUUCGAGGCAAGAAGACUGUGAAGCAGCUGCACCUGCUUAAACAGAUUUAUGCCAGGACCCAGUGGCCGAGUGCUUCAGACUACGAUGAACUAAUGACCACUACAGAGCUGACAAGGCCAGAAAUAGUGCGUUGGUUUGGGGACUGUCGUUACGUUCAGAAGAACGGCCAGCUGAAGUGGCUGGAGGCUUACCAGAACGUGGCUCUGGCAGAGGACCUUCAGAAAGGGAACACACAGAUUCUCCAAGAUCAUCUUGAUGCCCACAGCAGCCUGGAUGAGUCAAAGCUACAGCAACUGGUCCAGGCUAGUGGAUUAACAGCAGACUUGGUGCGACACUGGUUCUCCACAAAGACAUCGCUGCCCCAGAUGGAAAAAAAUGACAGCCAUACAACGCGACCAAGAUCAGUUAGUCCAGGAACAGCAGCCGAGCCACAAACCAGAUCCUCACCGCUGCAGCGAGGAGGAGAGCAGGAGGAACAGGUGAUGUACAGCGUUUCAGAAGAAGCAAAGGAGGCAGACACCGACCAGAACAAAGUCUACUAAAGGAAGAGUUUGAGGAGUGACGUUCCCGGCACGUCUUUGCAUAAGGGUCUGACGAAAAGGUGGAGGACGCAGUUUGAAUAGCAUCACUGGAUGGAAAUGGACUUGGAAACCAUCUCACCCCCCUUGUUGCUCAAACCAAUACGGGAGGGGGCUGACGACCCCCACUACAUGAGAUGGAUGCAAAAGCUAAAUCCCAGUCUCCAUCUUUUGAUAGUCCUUGUACUCACACAAAUAUCUCCCCCACACCCGCCAUUUUCUGUUGAGGAUUAACUUCCAGGACAGACUGCAGUGAGCAGAGGAACGAACAGUGUGGAUAUUUUUCUGGCAUAAUUUAUUCCAACUGCCUGCUGUGAUGGGAGGGAAACUGGAAGUGGUGGUGGGAGGUACCAAGGCCUCGGCGGAUACUGAUUGGGGGUGGGGCCUGGGUUUAGCUCAUUUUUGACUACGCUGACCCUCAGACUGUAUUGUUGGGUCUGGAAAAAAUGCACAGCUGUUUGCUGCAGGGUGCUUGCCAAAGCCUUAAAAAUCACACUUGAUCAUAAAUAUAACUGUAUUCCACUUUUACCAUCAUGUACCCUCAUACGGUUUGCAGUUUCUUUUCAGAUGUGCUUCGGUGUCUGUGAACUUUUUUCAUUGCAUUCUUUGGGGUUUCUUUUCUUCUCUCAUUUCUUUUUAAAGAGGGCAAGUAUUCAUCAGACUAUGAAAGCUUGUGUCUUGUAGCAUCAACUGUUUCUUCACAUCCCUGAUGUGUACGUACAUUUGUUUAUAUGGAACUUUGUAAUGUAAAAUUUGACUGUAAAAGAACUGUGAACUUUUGACGGAGUUCCUUGCUUAGUCUUGAUGUAUAAUUUUUACAGAUGGCAUUUGCAGAAUAAAUAGAUUGACACAAA